AUGUCGGAUCGGGAAAAAGCUUCUCUGGCCACUGACAGCAAGUGUUUCGAGUGUCAGGAGGUUGGACACCUCACGCGGAACUGUCCUCAUCAUGUGCAGGUGACAUCGUCCUCAAAGGGUCGUCCACCGGGGGUCUCCUCGUUUAGCGUGGAAUUUGGUCACGCCGAGACACUGCGGGAGCUCGCUGAAUUUAUAGUAAGUGUGGAUGAGCUCGCCCUACACCACAUUGUUGUAGGUGACUCCCUUGAGGAUGAUGAUGUUGAGGGACAGUGUGAUGAGUCGGAGGCCUCUGAUUUGCUGCCCGAGUUGGAAUCCAUCCUGGAUGCCGACUCGUCUGGGGGUAUUUCCAACGAUAAUCGUGAGCUCGUAGCCUAUGACGAGGAUUACCUCACGAUGUACCUGCCCCCGAUGCGACAUGAAGGAUGA